AUGAGCAGUAACAGUGAUAGAGCAACAUCAAUGGUCGAAGUCAUGGAUGAUGGAUCAAUAAGUAUGGAUGAUGAUAUUACGGAAGUUGACUAUAAGCAACAAUCUCGUACGCAUACAGCACGUUCGAGCGCUGGCAGUACAAGUAGUAAUGGUACAGGAACGAAACGUCAAAAAGAUAUAUCACCAUGUUAUGUGUGUGGAGCGAAAGCCAAUGGGUACAAUUUUGAUCAAAUCACAUGUGAAUCGUGUAAAGCAUUCUUUCGUCGCAAUGCAUUAAAAUCGAUGGAAAAAUUUCGCUGUCGUAAUAAUGAUAGUUGUGUUGUAACGUCAGUGACACGGAAACGUUGUAAGCGAUGUCGUUUAGCUAAAUGUUUUCAAGUUGGCAUGAGAAAAGAAUGGAUAUUAACAGAUGAAGAAAAAACCUUAAAACGUCAAAAAAUUGUGCGCAAUCGUAUGAUUAAACAACAAGCACAACUAAGUCUUCAACAGCAAACAAAUGCUACAGUUCAUUCAACUCUUCAAAUAAAUACGAAAACAAUUGAAAAAUCGCUAUCUAAAAUUGAGCAAACUCUCAGCAGUCCAUUACCAAUAAUGUACAUGAAGCCUCCACCAGAUCAACAAUUGUAUGAGCGUCAACAAUUUUUACUUGACCAAUUAUCAAAUGGAUAUGAAUUAAUAGCAAAUCAGUAUCCGCAACCCAAUAAAUUUGUUUAUCGUAAUAAAAUCAUAUAUCAAACAGAAAAUUUCGACGAGAAAUUAUCACUAAUUAAAGAUUUAACAAGAGAACUAACACAAAUGACAACAUUACGCCUAUUAAACUAUUUUAAUUUAAUACCUGAAUUUCAAUUAUUAUCACAACAAGAAAAAAAAACUAUUCUUACACAAAAUAUGUUAACAGUAUUUAUGUUUCAUGGAGCAUUAACAUAUAAUGCCGAUAACGAUACAUUUGUCGAUCGGACAUUAGCUGAUGACCCCUAUGAUGCCAAAUAUUUACUUUAUGUAUAUGGGCCAAAAGUUUAUGAUAAUUUUAUUGCAUUAGCUAAAGUAUUAUGUUCUGUUAUAUACCAGUCAAUAGAUGAUAAACAAUUCGAAGAACAUUCACAUACAUUAUAUUUACUACUUAUGGUGGUUCUUUUAUUUUCCAAUGACUUUCAUGCUAAUGCAAUUGAAGAUAAACAAUCGAAACUAUCUAAAAUUCAACACAAUUAUAUUGAUAUAGCAUGUCGACUCUUACAUGAUCGAUUUGGUUUUACCCCUGGACGACGAUUGUUUCAAAAACUUUUUCCUUUACUAAUUGACCUUCAGAAAUUAUGCUCAGCACUGGCAAAUGUUAAUUUGUGUGAAAUGGCGGAAGAUGAAGAUCGAUCAUCAUCAUCAUCAUCAUCAUCAUCAUAUCGAGCAAUUACAACAUCAACAGCAACAACAGAAACAAGCGUGACAACUUAUCAUGGUGAUCAACAACAAUCAGUUCAAACAUCAUCAAUAUCGUCUUCAUUGGAAUUUAACUCAACAAUGAUAAGUGGCACAUCUCAUUUGAAUGAAUUACAGAAAGAAAACCGAGCGCCAUCACCACCAUUGUCUUUUAAUUCAACUUCACAAUCACCAAAUGUUCGGUCGUCACCAUCGGUUCUUUCCAGCACAACAACAACAUUUCAUAAUUAUUCAAUAUAA